AUGCAGCUUCGAGCCGCUUUGGCAGGCGCAGACACCGUCGCACAGGCGCUUACAAAUGCGAUAUUUGACGUUGCAUCGGAGCCAAGUUACUCUGAGACCCUGAGAAACGAGGUGUCUUCAUUGGUCUCUGAUGCGCCUGGAGGUACCUGGGAUAUGGGAAUGCUGAGAAGCAUGUCGAAAUUGGACAGUCUACUUCGAGAGUCGGCCAGAGUCUAUGCCCCAUUUCUAGUCGCAAUGGGUCGCAUCACCACAUCGCCGUUGGAGCUGGAUGAUGGAAGUAUAGUUCCAAAAGACACGACCGUCUACUUUGACAUGUACCACGCUCAUAGAUCACGCGAUGUUCAAAACGACGCAGGCAUUUCAGCCUUUGACGCCUUGAGAUUUAGUCAGCGGCGUGAAGAGCAGGGUCUUCCGAACAAAUAUCUUGCUGCAACUACUGGGCCGGACAACCUACCAUUUGGCCACGGAGCUCACUCAUGUCCUGGGCGAUUCUUCGCAAUUGCUGAGAUGAAAGUCAUUCUGGCUCAUCUAUUGCUCAACUACGAUGUGAAGCUAAGUAGCGGAAAGAGACCAGAUGCUGGGUACUGGGGAAUUGCCGUGGUCAUGGAUAGAAAUGCCAAGAUCAUGUUUGGCGCCAAAGUGAACGGGCUCGACAUCAAUAACAUAUCAGGUAUGAUCCUUCGUGUGACAAAGUUAGGAUCGUUUGGUAACAUUGACAUGACCGCUACAGAUGAUGAUCUUCUAGAGCUCAAAAGGGCUGUUGUAGAUCACAAAUUGAUCAUAAUUAAGGGGCAAGAAAAUCUACAGCCAAUCAAACAAUGGGAACUAGUCACUCGCUUGGACCCUAACGCAGGGCCGCAAAACCCAGAAUUAUUCAUGAAGGAUUUUCACCCAGACGGUGGAGGUAUUCUGAAAGCGAGAGGAGUGACCGGCGUUCCCAGCGCUGAGAACGUCCACGUGAUCGGCAAGGGGUUCCUCGGCGAAGACCACUAUGGGCUGAAGAACCUCAAUAUUACCAAGUCCUUCUCUUAUGAAAAUCACCAUCCUACUCUCCCAAAAGAAGAGCUUGAGAACGGUCAUACUAGGUUUCAAGGAUGGCACUUCGAUGCGCCGCUUUACAGUCGAGAUCCGCCAAUCUUCACAGCCUUUCGUGUGAUCAAGCUGCCCAAAGGGCCCGAUGUUAACAUCGCAUGGGACAACGGAUCAGGCUUAAGCAUCAGAUCAGCCCCAGGCCUAACGCCAUUUUUCUGUUGCUCGCAGUUGUACGAGGAGCUUCUUAGCGAAGAAGAGAGGGAAGUUGUUGACAAUAGCUGGGUUGAGUACGCGGCGCUGCCAUACGAGUGGAAUCGAAACUGCAAGAUGUUUCCGACCGGACUUGGCAUUGUUAGCCAAGGCAAGGAACUGUCUGACAGUGAACUCGAUUCCAUUGGAGUGGACAAUUCCAAAAUCAAGAGGUACCCAAUGGUUUGGGUGAACCCUGAGACCGGUCGGAAGUCUUUCCAAGUCCAGGCCAACGCUGCCAAAAAGCUCUACUUACGUCGGAGUGCAGACGAAGAGCCGAAGGUCAUUACCGAACUUUCUGAGGUUCGUCGCUUCUUGAUUGACAUCCAGUCACGAAUCUUGAAGCCAGAGUAUAUUCUAGUUCCCCCUGAAGAGGAGGGGGAUCUACUCUUAUGGGACAACUGGAGCACAAUGCACACACGCGUAGACUACCCAGCAGACUAUGGACCAAAGGCAUGCCAUCAAGCUGGAACAAAUGCCAGUAACUAA